GCCAGCAGCACUGACGCCCCAGGUUACCAUAGUAACAUGAACACUUGCGCUGCCUUCACGUUACCAUGCUGUCCUGCGCUUUGUUGUUGUUUUUGAUGAUAAAGCUGUAAAGACACGCAGUGCUAUAGGCAGCUGGAUACCACGCUUUUCCAAACGGCAGGCGACAGUAGAGUGCAGAAGAAGACGUGGUUUAAAACGUCACUUCCUGUUGGCUAAAGCGUGUUGCGUGCUAAAAGGAAAAUGGCGGGGGACAGCAGAACUGAGGACUACCCUCACGAGAUAGACGAACAGCUCACAGGCUUCGACUCCUCCGUUUCUUCUGUUAACACCAUGCUGGAGAAGCUGAUGUCGAUGCCCAGAAACGAGCUGCUGCAAAAGCUGGACCCUUUGGAUCAAGCCAAGCUGGAUCUGAUGUCUGCCUACACGCUGAAUUCAUUAUUCUGGAUGUACUUGGUUACACAAGGACUAAAUCCCAGAGAACAUGGAAUCAAACAGGAAUUGGAGCGAAUAAGGACGUACAUGAACAAAGUGAAAGAGAUCACAGACAAGAAGAAAUCUGCCCGUCUGAAUAAGGGAGCUGCUGCACGCUUUGUCAGGAAUGCCCUCUAUGAUCCAGACGAAAGAAAUUCUGGUAAAAAAGCGGCAACUAAGAAAGCAGCAGACUCAAAACCUGACACCCCGCAGUCAAAGCGUCCAAAGCAGAGCUGAAGUAAAGGACCAGCUCUACAAUUUGGUCCCACUACAUUUUCUACCACUUUUUGCUCACAAGACAACAAAUCGACUUCUCUGGUUGUGUUUACGGGACAUCAUACAAGACAACAUGAGACAUGCAACAAAGUAAAUACUAAUGUUUACUGUUGCUCACCAGUCACAUUAUGCUCGACUGCUGCAAUUUGCAAAUGUUGCUGGAUGUACUAGAAACACAAGACUAAUUGCCAUCUACGACACACCGUCCCAGGUUUUGCUGAACAUAUUUUUGGACACUGAUGGUGGCAACUGCUCCAGAAUUUAAAAGAUCCAAUGUUGUAAUGUUUUUUUGUUACAUCAUUGAGUUGUUGCAAAAUUCUGCAGGGCUCCAUAACCAUGAAAAAAAAAGUCAUUUAGAGAAGUGAGAAAAUUAUUAAUUGGGUCCAUCCAAGUAAUGAAAGAUGUCAUUUAAGAUUGUAUGGGUCCUUCUUUUAGAUCAAUGAGACACAUUAGUUUCUCUCUAUUUUGAAAGUGAUUCUAUGAAUCGUAAAUCAUUUUUUGCAGUUUGGAUGUUUUUAUUUACAUGACAUGCCAAACAUUGUAUUGGUAACGUGAUGAUGUAUUGCUUUCAUAAUUGACUGCAUAAAAAUACUCACCAAAAAAUGUUUGAGUUAUUCUGUUUUUUUUGUUGUUGUUUUUUUUACUGUUAUACAAUAUAUUGUGCCUGAAACAGACUGGUAAUUGAAUUCUUAUGUAAAACUGUGCAAAGUAAACUUCCAACUUUCCUCAGUAGGACUUUUUCACAUUUUGACAAAUCACAGUGGGAAAAGCACAUGUGUAAGUAAUAAAAAUAAACAGAUGGCUGAAUUCCA